AUGGGUCGGCACGAGUCGCCAGUAGACUCGCCCUUGUCAUCAAUGGGCUCUGAAGACGAAUUCCAAGACGACGCCAUGACGGAUGAUCUCCCGCCGCCGAAGCGUCAAAAGGUGGGAGACGCCUCGACAGCCUCGUCCGCCGUCGCCGGCCACCCGGAGAGACCCUCGCCCGAUCCGCUCGAAGGCAUGUCCCCCGUGUCGUCCGAUACCGAUGGCGACAUCCCCAGCUCGCCUGCCAAUGCGCGACCCGAGGAGGAUGAUUUCCAAGAACAAGUGACCACCUGCGCCUGGGAGGGCUGCGACGCAGGCGAUCUCCGCAACAUGGAUAAGCUCGUAGAGCACAUACACAACGACCACAUUGAAGGAAAGCAGAAGAAGUACACUUGCGAAUGGGUUGGCUGUGGCAGAAAGAGCAUGCCGCAUGCCAGUGGCUACGCCCUCAAAGCGCACAUGCGCAGCCACACGAGGGAGAAGCCAUUCUACUGCUACUUACCUGAAUGCGAUCGCGCCUUCACCCGUUCCGACGCCCUAGCCAAGCAUAUGCGUACAGUUCAUGAGACCGAGGCACUGCGGCCCUCGGACCCUGUACCUAAGAGCAUGCAAUCCGGCCCGACAAAGUCAUCCUCCAAGCUCAAAAUAAUCAUCAAGACGCCGCAGUCGCAUGCUACCGGUCAAGAUGACGCCGUAGAUGAGAACAGCAACGGCGAUGAUGUCUCGGACUACUUCACACAGAUGACCGCAGAGCAGGGCUUCACCGAGAAGGAGCUAGCCAUGCCCUUCGAGCGCCUGCAUGCUCUCUGCCGCUGUCAGGUGCAGUGGGCAGAGGCAGAGGGUGACGACUUGAAGAAGGAAUGCAAGAAGUGGGAGGACCUGUACAAGAAGGAGUGGCUAGAGAAGCAAGUGCUGCUCGAUCAAGUCAUUAAGAGCGAGCUCGACUGGCAUGAGCGGAGGAAGCAAGUUCUGGCCGGUGUCGCCGAUGUUCAGAUCACACCCGAGGUAAUCAUCAACGGUCCCGGUUCUAAGAGUGUUGAGGAAGAGAAGGAUACCUCGCAAACAGCGGCAGCUACUAAGGAUAGUGCAUCUGAGUAG